UGUAGUUGGACCAAAGCACAAACCAGUUGGUGUUGAACGAGGUUGUUAUAGAUCGAGGACCAUCUCCUUAUCACAUCGGUUCAGGGUGAUGGUUUGAUUGUCUCUACCCCCUACUGGAAGUACAGCCUAUGCUGUUGCUGCUGGAGCAAGUAUGAUACAUCCCGCUGUCCCAGCAGUCAUGGUUACUCCUAUCUGUCCUCACUCUCUCUCAUUCUGUCCUAUCGUGGUUCCUGCCGGGGUAGAGCUCAAGAUCUCCGUAAGCCCCGACAGCAGGAACACGGCGUGGGUCUCCUUCGACGGGAGGAAGCGACAGGAACUGUGUCAUGGUGACAGCUUUAGGGUUAACAUCAGUAUCCAUCCGAUUCCAUCGAUCUGCUCACAGGGACGGAUUCUGCAAUCUAGCUCCGGGGUUGUUAAAGGACUCGGGAGUCAGGAAAAUGCGUGGAGAAAAAUGUUUAAAAUCGUCCAUAUUUCCAAAUAUUCCUCCUUUCAUCGUCAACCUUCCAACAAUCAACCAACAAGGUUACUUUUUAGAAAUAGGAAAGAAUACAGAGAAUGUCCCCGAACCACCAGAACUAAGAACGAUUGAUAUGAUGGUAGAGUUGAGGGAGAGCUUGUGGAGGAUACCCUUGGCUUUCCUGGAGAUUGUCAGGAUUCAUGAACUCAAGACUAAAGAUCGGCCAGUGUUCGGGGCUAACGUAGCAAUACCUAAAACAUUUACGAAAGAUAAGACAAACCAUGUAAAAAAAUCCUACUCCAAGCCAAAGUCAAUGAUUACAGAUGAAAAAGUUUUGAUGGUGAGGUCAGAAGUUCCCCGAGUUCCCAAAGUUCCCGGAUUUUUCCGACAAAACACUAAGGAUCAAUCCUCCUUCUCAGACGAUCAUGGAGGUGUAAAAGUAUCACCGUUCCCAGCCUGUACACAGAUAUCAAGGAAGGAUAAUCUGUGGGUGCAUUUUAAGAUGAUGCAGGAUAAAUAUGGAACUAAAGAAUUCAACUUUCUUUCUGAUUCUUACAAUCUUCCAGGACACAGAGUUGAAAUAGAGAGAAGGAUGGGGCUGGAGCCUGGAUCUCUCUGGAUUAUUAAACCGCUGGGAAGAAACAACGGAACAGGAAUCAGGGUGAUAAAUAGUCUAGUCGAUUUACCUGGCUAUGAUGAGGAGGUGUGUGUACAACGGUACAUAGAGAAUCCAUAUCUGAUUCAUAACAAGAAGUUCGAUCUCAGAAUUUAUGUUUUGUUGACAAGCUUGGAUCCUUUAAGAAUCUACAUUUAUGACGAAGGACUAGUAAGGUUUGCAACUGAGAAAUACAGUUUAGAUACAGCAGUUCUCAGCAACUCAAGGGUUCAUGUUACCAACUAUGCGAUCAACAAGGAUUCAGAUAAGUUUGUGAUCAACACCAGUCCUGAUCUUCCCACUGGGAACAAGUGGAGUUUGUCUAGUUUAUGGAGAUAUCUCUCCGAACAUAGUUCCAACACAGCACGCUUAGAUACAUUUCAGGUUUGGUCUGAUAUACAGGAUAUAGUUAUUAAAAGUAUUUUCUGUGGUCUAGACUCUAUUAGGUAAGAUUGAUUUGU